AUGAUAGAAAAAACUAGAUGGCUAGGUCAACCUCAAAAGAACGGCAAGAAACACGGCACACUGUUAAUAAAUGUAAAGGACAAACAACUCGCUAGAGACAUCGAACAUGGUUGUUUAAUCAUCGACGGUAUUCCGCUCAAGGCAUCCAAAUACACCCCUGGCCCUCCUCAAUGCUUCAAUUGCCUAGAAUUCGGACAUCCAGCUUACUUCUGCAAGACACCCCCACUUUGUGCCAGAUGUGGAGUUUGA